CACACACACACACACUCUCUAUUUCUUUCACUUUCUAUAUCUCUCUAUCUCUUUCAUUGAAUCUCUCUCUAUCACCCUUUCUCUCUCUCUCUCUCUCUUACACACACACACACACACACACACACACACACACACACACACAGAGUCACUCUGGCUGAGAGAGAUGGACUCGUUCAGCCGCUCGCGCUGAGAUUACACACCCCGCGCGCGCCCGGACAGGACGGUGACGUUAUCCGGUAACUACAUGAGGUGUGCAGUCAUGGCUCUGAGGGGGCUGUUCUUGUUGCUGCUGCUGGUUCAGUUUUCUGCUGAGGGCACAGCGGGAGAAGGAGGCAAACCCAAGAAAGGCAAGAAGGGCAAACAAGUCAUCUGUCCCUCUCAGUUAUCAGCUGAAGACCUCGAUCGACUUCCUGGCAACUCGACCAGCAACAUCCUCAACCGCCUGCUGGUGACUUAUGACUCCCGUAUCCGGCCCAACUUCAAAGGCAUUCCAGUGGAGGACAAGGUGAACAUCUUCAUCAACAGUUUUGGGUCAAUUCAGGAGACCACUAUGGACUACCGCGUAAACAUCUUCCUGCGGCAGCGCUGGAACGACCCGCGACUGCGCCUGCCGACAGACUUCAAGUCGGAUGCUCUGACUGUGGACCCCAAAAUGUUCCAGUGCCUCUGGAAGCCUGAUCUCUUUUUCGCCAACGAGAAGAAUGCCAACUUCCACGACGUCACGCAGGAGAACAUCCUGCUCUUCAUCUUCCGCAAUGGAGAUGUCCUCAUCAGCAUGAGGUUGUCUGUCACUCUGUCGUGUCCUCUGGAUCUCACUCUUUUUCCUAUGGACACACAACUGUGCAAGAUGCAACUGGAAAGCUUCGGCUACACCACCAAGGACCUGGUGUUUAUGUGGCAGUCUGGGGACCCGGUUCAGAUGGAUGAAAUUGCACUGCCACAGUUUGACGUCAAACAGGAGGACAUUAAGUACGGCAACUGCACCAAAUUCUACCCUGGAACAGGCUACUACACAUGUGUGGAGGUGAUCUUCACUUUAAGGAGGCAGGUGGGCUUCUACAUGAUGGGGGUGUACGCUCCCACCCUGCUCAUCGUGGUGCUGUCAUGGCUGUCCUUCUGGAUUAACCCCGACGCCAGCGCAGCCCGCGUCCCAUUAGGCAUUCUGUCGGUUCUGUCACUCUCCUCUGAGUGUAUGUCUUUAUCGUCUGAGCUGCCGAAGGUCUCGUAUGUGAAGGCCAUUGAUAUCUGGAUGAUUGCCUGUCUGCUCUACGGCUUCGCCUCUCUGGUGGAGUACGCUGUGGUUCAGGUGAUGCUGAACAGUCCAAAGCGCAUCGAGGCAGAGAAAGCAAAGAUGGCUGAGAAGGAAAAGGAGAGAGAGAAGGAGGGGAAGACUCCAGCCAAAGCCAACACCGUCAAUGGCACCGGUGGAACCCCUAUUCAUGUUAGUACACUACAGGUGGUGGAGAAUCGGGGGAAGAAAGUGUGCACCUCCAAGUCGGACCUUCGCUCCAACGACUUCAGCAUCGUGGGCUCCCUCCCGCGGGACUUUGAGCUGUCCAACUUCGACUGCUACGGCAAGCCCAUCGAGGUGGCCAACGCUCUCGGCAAAUCGCAGAACAAAAACAACAAGAAGCCCGCGCCCCCCAAACCCGUCAUCCCGUCCGCCGCCAAGCGCAUCGACCUCUACGCCCGCGCCCUCUUCCCCUUCACCUUCCUCUUCUUCAACGUCAUCUACUGGUCUGUUUACCUGUGAGGCGUACGAACCUCUUCACCUGAAUGAUGAUUCAGUUUCAUUCACACUUUGAUUACAACAGUUUAAUUGCUUUAGUCAUAAUUUAUUAUUUAAAAUAAUAAAUAAAUAUGGGUUUAUUUCCAAUAGAUAAAAUACUGUAGGACCCCUAUACAGUACCAGUCAAAAGUUAGAACACACCUUAACCCUCCUAUUAUGUUCAUGUGUCAGGAACAGUAAUGGUUCUCCUGGGUCAGUUUGACCUGGUGCAUAUUUAAUUAUUAAAAAGAUGUCUGAAAAUUUGUUUCACAUUCAGUCAUGGCUGAAAGUGUUCGCACCUCUGACAUUUUUCCAGAAAUUUAAGUAUUUCUCCCAGAAAAACAGAAAAAAAAUUAUUGAGAACAGAAAGAGGGAAAUAAAACUAGAGAACCAAAGUUCAAAUAUCAAUAAAUAUCUCAAGGUUACAAGUCAGUCUCUAGAGAUCUUGAUGUCCAAGGUGCGCAACGUAAUCAAGAAGUUUAAAAUCCAUAAAAUUGUAGCAAAUCUCCCUGGACGUGUGACGGAAGACAAAAAAAAUUGAUGUAAGGUCGCAACAUAGAGCAGUCCGGAUGGUGGAAAUCAGCCCAAAUCAAGUUCCAAAGAAGUUCAAGCUGUCCUGCAGGCUCAGGGUGCAUCAGUGUCAGCCCAAACUAUUUGUCGACAUUUGAGGAUGACAAUGAAAUGAAACGCUAUCUCAGGAGACCCAGGAGGAAUCCUCUGCUGAGAAAGAGACAUAAAAAAGCUUGACUGCAGUUUGCCAAAAUGUACGUUAAUAAGACCUAGAUAGAGCUUUUUCUUAAAGCACAUCAUUCUACUCUUUCAUUUACCAAAAACAGAAGAAGGCCUACAAAGAAAGGAACACCUAUAGUCAUAUAUGGUGCAUAUAUGGGUGCCUUGACUGUGUGCAAGGCGUCAUGAAAUCAGAAAAUUACCAUAAGAUUUGGAAUCGCAAUGUACUGUAAGACACAAUGUCAGAAAGCUGGGUUUGCAUACUAGGUCAUGGGUCUUCCAGCAUGACAAUGACCCAAAAAUAAACUUCACAAAAAUCACCCAGAGAUGUUUUGAAACAUCUAAAUCCAAUUGAACACCCAUGGAGAGAGCUUACAAUUACUGUUGGAAGAAGACACUCUUCAAAUAUGGUCCAAAGUUCCAGUUUAGAGGUGUAAAAAGCAUGCUCAGUUUAGUUUUGCAUUAAAUUAUGUACAUUUUGGCUUUUUGUUCUCUGUUUUUUGUGUUUUUUCAAUACACACAAUGGAAAUAAACAUUAUUAUAAAAACAAAACCAUACAUUUUCUGGGAGAAAUAUGCAAUGUACCAUAAGGCACAGUGUCAGACAGGUGGGUUUGCGUCCUAGGUCAUGGGUCUUCCAACAUGACAAUGACCCAAAAAUAAACUUUAAAAAUCACCCAGAGAUAGAUUAAAAAAUCCAUUUGAACACCUGUGGAGAGAGCUUAAAACUGCUUUUGGAAGAAGACACUCUUCAAAUAUGGUCCAAAAUUCCAGUUUAGAGGUGUAAGAAGUUUAGUUUUUUUGUAGAAAAUUACAAAUUUUCUGGGAGAAAUAUGCAAUGUACUAUAAGGCACAGUGUCAGAAAGCUGGGUUUGCAUCCUUGGUCAUGGGUCUUCCUGCAUGACAAUGACCCAAAAAUAAACUUUUUUAGAGGUGUUUAGAGGUGUAAAAAGCAUGCUGAGUUGAGUUUUGCAUUAAAUUAUGUCUAUUUUUGCUUUUUUUACUGUCUUGUUUUUUUUGUGUUGUUCCAAUAUACACAAUAGAAAUAAACAUUUCUGGUAGAAAUAGUUCAUUUUAUGGAAAAAAUAAAACAGUGGUGUCAACAUUUUCAGCCAUGAGUGUAUAACUUGAAUGCAUAUUCCACUGAAUUUCACUCAAAAACAUACAGUACCUUAGUAUUAGUAUUAUACAGUUAUCAUACAUAUAAUUAUUACAUUCCAAAAUCGAUGCAGUUCUGUUCCUACCUCCAGACUGAUGCGUCUACGAUCCGUCGGUGAAUUCUACACAUCGAUAAAAAUCAAUACCUCCCUGCAGUGUGUGAGUGUGAACAUGCAUGACUGCGAGGAAAAGGAUCCCAGCAUGUAGGAAAAGUGCAAAAACUCCCGUUUUCUUUCCCAUGUCGGACGCAUUUGACGUGAUAACACGUAAUAAGGACUUUUUCCCGGGGUUUUUUUUGUUGCACUGUUCUUAAGUAGCUGCUUGAGCUUCCAGGCUUUAAAGACUGUUGCGUGCCAUUAUGUCCUGAAUGAAAUGCAAAAAAUAUUCCUUAAUUUUAAAGUGAAAUUUUACGUUUUUUUUUUGUCUUUUUUUUUGGGGUGUUCUUUGGACAGCAUGACUUUGCAGAAAAUGUGAGGCCUGUGGUGACUAUGUAAAUGACAUCUCUACAUCUAGACCAUCCUAUCCUUUGUCUAUCUGUCUAUAUAUAUAUAUAUGUGUGUGUUUGUGUGUGAAAGCAGGAGACCCCCUUUUUUAAAGUGUGUUAAGCUAUAUCUAUUCUCUGCCCAUCUGAAUGAUGGUACCCUACAUCCUAAAGCGCAGACUGUGCGUUUCUGUGCUUUUAUUAACUCUGUCUGUAGCCUCUGCUGAGCUGGUUAAGCCGAGGAGCCAUGAAUCAGAUACUGUGUGUGUGUGUGUGUGUUUCGUAUGGGUGUGUGUACGUUGCGAACCACAGCUGCUAAAUCUCUGCCAUGCAUUAAACACCUUCCUUCA